AUGAAAACGUUAAUUUUAUAUUUAAAAAUUACUUCAUUCCUUCUUUUAAUUUGGAUGUAUCCAUGUUUUAAUAAAUGUAAUUCUUAUAAAACUUUGAUUGAUAAAAAUAUACUGGAAGCAAAAAAUGAGUUAAAAUAUGAGAGAUUAUUAGCAGAGGGUGACAUAGCAGAUAAAAAGCAAACUAAAGCUGAAGGAGGCCUAGAAGAAUGUGCAUUAGAUAAUAAAAAAAACGAAUAUAAAAAUCCAGUUCAAUACGAGAAUCCGUGCGAUCACUGGCAUAAUGUCGUUACUCCAAUUUUGCGGAAGCAAUUUGAUGAAGAAACAAGUGAAAUGGACCCUAAAUGGAGGGACCAAAAAUGGAAUAAUGAAUGGAAUAAUAUUUCAUCUACAAAAGUUAAUGAUCUAUCUUCAAUAUAUCAACAACAAGAUAUUUCAGAAGAGGAAAAAAAAAAAAAAAUUUUUAGUGUUAUGGAAGAAAUUAGCUCAGAAUUUGCGAAAUUUUUAGACGAAUGUAAAAAAGAGAUAAAAAACAAUAAAACAGAAUCCAAAUCUAAGAAAGAGAUGAGAGAUAACAAAACAGAAUCCGAAUCUAUGAAAGAGAUGAAAAAUAAUAAAAUAGAAUCCAAAUCUAUGAAGGAGAUGAUAGACAAUAAAACAGAAUCCGAAUCUAAGAAUGAGCAGGGAAAAAAUAAAAUAAAAAAUAAGAAAUCAAAUUUUUUGAAAUUUCUUUUUAAGAGGUUUGAUAACCAUUAA